AUGAUGUCAUCAUUGUGCGCAACCCUCCGUCCCUCUGUCACGUUUGCCGUCUAAUGCUCGUGACUCAGAGGCUUUUGUUUGGACGCCGCUGAGCUGCGAACCCACCGGCUGUGUCGGCCGUGAUCGAACCGGGAACCGUCAGCCGAACCUGAGCAUGGAGGCCGCGGAGGAGAAGACGGGCUCCGUGUCCGCGGCUCACCUCCGGGCGGAGAAGCGGCGCCGGAAGCUGCUGCAGAACUCGGAGGACAGGAUGAACAGGAUCGUGGGCUUCACAAAAAACGACCCCGAUAGCAGCGGAGCCUCCCUGCGUCCCACAGAACCCCGCUUCCACCUGGAUCUCGACAGGACGGAGCCGUGGUCCUCGUCCGUGCCGUCCCCGAGGCCGUCCCCCUUCCUGUCGGAGACCCCCGGCGCCCGCUCCCACACCGCCACCCCGGAGAGGAGGGGCUCCCCUCUGCCCGACUUCAGCCAGCCCCGCAGGGCGUCUCUGGAGGACGACUUCGGGGCUGGCCUCCGACUGAGAACAAAGGGCGAGGAGGCCAGCGGCUCCCCGCGCCGAGGCCUCCAGCAGUACUUAUCUCGCUUCGACGACGCUAUGAAGCUGCGGAGUCAGCUGGCCAAUGAGAAGCCGGCUCAGGAGGGCGGUUCUGAUGUAGAGGAGCUGGAUCCAUUUAGGGUCUUCAGGCUCAUCGGCAGCAUCCUGCUCGCUGUUUUCGUCAGGGCUUUUGUCUGCAAGUAUCUGUCAAUAUUUGCUCCAUUUCUGACCCUUGAGCUGGCCUACAUGGGAUUGUUCAAAUACUUUCCAAAGGUGGAGAAGAAGACCAAAACGACCGUGCUGACCGCCGCCCUGCUGCUGUCCGGCAUCCCUGCCGAAGUCAUCAACCGCUCCAUGGACACCUACAGGAGGAUGGGGGACGUCUUCUCAGAUCUCUGCGUUUACUUCUUCACCUUCAUCAUCACCCACGAGAUCCUGUCGCUCUUUGGCUCAGAGACUCCCUGACACAAGCCCGACACAGCUUCUUCUUGUCGUCGCCCCCCCCUCCCUCUUUUGUCCCCCUCACACCAACAAGGCUUACGUGGUGGCGCCCUCUGGUGUUUCCCCCUGUUGUUUACAUUCUGCUGCCUUAUGAUCAGGGCUGCACCCUGGAUGAGCUCUUCAGGUUCUAAUGUGAUCAGAGUCCAGUGUAAAUACCAGACCUGCAUGUUGAUGUUACUGCGUACAGAAGCUGGGGAAGCAGUUGGACUUUUUUUUUUUGUUUGUUUGUUUUAUGGCCGGGUCCAUCUUUUGUGCUCAUAUUACAGUUGACUCUUAAAUAGCAGAAAUGUUCUGCAUCGUUUUAAGUGUUUAAACAAAGUUCUGUUGGAAGAAAUACUCUAAUCUCUAAACAAGUUUACUGAAAAAGUAAUUACUGUGCUGCACAACUAACUUGCUGAGUGUCUGACCAGCUUCAAGCACUAAACUCGUAACGAUUGCUGAGAAAUGCUGUGAAAUAGCCCCCCCCCCUCAGCUGACAUUCACAUGAAGUAUCUGUUUGCUCAGUGUUACUCCACCCGUCUCAUAAGCUGCAGCGUUUCAAACAAAACUUUAAGUUUGAGCCGAAAUUAAAACAAACAUACUGUGGCAUUGGCUGCUGUUAUCCAUCUGUUGAUGAUGCAAAGUUCAUCGCAUCGGUCAGUGGGCCGCACGAUAGUAGAAAAACAUUCAGGCGCAGUGUUGUUGAUAAAUAUCACUAUAACAAUUUCAAUAUGUAUGCGCUCUUUCAUUUCGAUGUUCACGUUGUCCCGCUUCAAUCCGUGUCAGGUGUGAACAUCAAGGGCGGCAAAAAAAACUCCUUGCUGCUGGUUAAAUAGGGUUCUGGCAUGCAGAGUGUAAUGCAUGGCGUCACAGGAGUCCGUUUGGCCUGCACCUGCAGAGCUGUGAGGACUGCCAUUUGAUAAGUAGUGCAGCUCUACUACCUGCUUCAACAGAUACAGUUUGCUCUGCAACGAGAUGCCGCGUGAUUGGUCUCUACUAAUUGUUUACAGUCAGUAAUCAGCGUCAACCUGUAGACCAGAAACUGUCACCUUUGGAGCUUCGAACAACAUUUGUGAACGUCCACCUUAGCCUCAAGUCUUUUUGACGCCUCCAACGGGUUUUCCUCCCUUUCUUUAGCUCCAUCCCUCCAUCAGCGCUGAGCGAUGUCUCUGUCCCUGCUGUGAAACGGCUUCCCCACAGCAUGAUGCUGCCACCGCCGUGUUUAAAAAUAAGGAUGGUGUGUUUAUGCUGAUGUGCAGUGUUGGGACUUCUUGUGGGUUUCUUUCAGCAACACCACUUCCUCCAUAAAGGCCUAGAUUUGCAGAGUGAACACCUUAUAGUUGUCCUGUUAUUUAUCUAAUAAGCCUGUAAACAUAAUAUAGGAUGCAUUCUGUUAUCAGAACCUGCUCUGUCAUGUUAAUGAGACUCUGCAAGUCAGACUAUUAACUUUUUAACUAUUAGCUGCAUUAAUAGUUACUGUCAUAUUGGUUGUUUUCCCAAAGAAUUGUUGUGGUACAGUAAAUCUUCAUAUUAUUUUCAAAUUUAGAUAAAUGUAUUUUUGAGCCCUGUGCUGAGAUUCUAAUUCUGUGGACGUUUAACAACUAAAUGUGUUUAAACGUUAUGCAUCAGCAGCAGGUUGCUCAGAGUUGUUUUAGUUUAAUUUGAGCGCGUAAAACCCAAACGAGGAUCAGAAUCCAUAUCCAAUAGAAAUAGGACAUCACAAAGUCUUCCGAAAAACCUAAACUAUCACAUUAAAUGGUUCAUUUGACCCUUUUAUAUGAUGAGCCAUCUCCAUACUUUGAUGACAUACUGAUAACACUAGCUUGGUUAAUUUAAAUAGUGGAGAAAUGUGUUGUUCUUUCCGAUCCGUUAGUCGUGGAGGUGAUUGAGAUCAAGAACUUCAUGUUAAAUGUUGGAAGUAAAAAACGUGGAAGAAAUGGAGGAAAUGGCAUCUCCUGUUUGUAGGACACAUCUGUAGUUUUUCAUUUGAGGGGUUAAAACCACAUGUAGGCUUUUGUCUUUAGAUGAUUAUAUCUCUCCAUCCUUCAGCCGAAGCCGUUAAACGUCUGAUUAAUAACUAGUGAAUGUAGAUUAUUUGUGUUAGCAGCUGCUGUUCUUGUCCAGGGUCCAGAGAGGGGGGCUAACCUGCAUUAAGAACAUGUUUUUUUUUUCCUCCAAAGAAGCAUUUAGCAGUGGAACAUGUAGAUUACUAUAACAUUGCGUGUCUGUGUGCUUAUGUCUGCGGUACAUUUCAGGUGUGAUGGGAAUGUUUCUUGUUUUUUUGUCAGCUUAGUGUGAGCCAGUGGGUAUUUGUGAGCUUACUGGUGUUUGAUGAUCCUGGUGACUUCCUUCAAGACUUUUGUACAGUAUCUUCUCUGCAGUCAUGUCCAUGCUUCAUCUUCUAAUUUAAUCCUAAAUUAAUAUAUUAAGGUUAUUUUUUUCCCCCAUGUAAAUUAUUUGGUGUGAUUUAUUCUACAUCUUGUCAAAUAUUUUUUUGAUAAAUUUACUUAAAAACAGUUUUUAUUGGCUGUUGUAGUAUCGCUAGGAUGGGUUUAAAGCCAUGUGUUUCGAACUGAACAGUUCAUACCAAAUAAACGGCCCCUUGUGUGACUUA